AGUGUAUCAAAAUGCAGUAAAUUGAAAACAAAAGAAGUUAAGUUCAGAGUGAUUUAAACUUCAAUAUAUAUUCAUUAACAAGUUUGUUAAUAUAUAUUACUGGUUUUGCUGUCUCAUUUAGUUAUUUCACUAAAAAAAAUUUCAUGCAGCUAUAGAAUUAGGUGUCUUAGUAACUCUAUACCCUUUUGCUUAAGGAAUUUUAUUUAUUUAUGUUCUAAAGAAUAAAUAAUGCAUAAUUACAUAAAAAAAAAAAAAAAAAAAAAAAAAACUAGUCCAUAGUAAUAUAAUACUUUAUUCUAGCUAAAGAAAAAGAAGAGUAUAAUGAAAUAAUAUAAUGAUGUAGUUCAAUUAGGGACAAUGAAGAUUUCAUUAAUGAUGAUGAUGAGGAAAUUGUCAAUGAUGAUGUAGAUGAUAUUGAUGUAGUUAUAUCUUAGUAGUGAUAAUGAUGUAGUUCAAUAUUGUUCUAGUGAUGAUUCUGAUUAAUUAGUUGUAAUUUUGUAGAUGUUUUUAAUAUAUUAAACUCUUAAUUUUUGUCAUAUUUGUUAUUGCUUCAAAUUUAAUUAUUUCAAUAUAUAUGCAUAUAAAGUUAUGUUGCUCGAUCCCAUGAUGGAGAUGGUGGGAGUCAACCUCCCCCAAGCCUUAGUAGGAUACCCACAACGUGUGAGCGCAAGCGAAGAAAACAAGAUCAAAGUCUAAAUCGCUAAAUUUGGAGGAGGCCUUUGAGAAUAAUAAACGAAAACCUCUUUGAGGUCACUUUUGAUGUAAAAGGUAGAACAUUGAAAGCUGUUGGUGAUAAUGGAAAAUUAUUUAUUAGGCUUAUAGGAAACAUUAUGGGAUUUAAUGUCCCUCCAUAUUAUGGUUGUUGGGAAAAUAUUCCUAAGGCGUACAAGAUGCCAAUACCACCCAAAUUUGGUGAAUAUUUUCACUUGGAUCGCAGUUGGCCUUACUGGCACGAAGUACUUUCUAGUAUCGAUAACGAGUGUAAGAGACGUUACAAAGACCGAAAAUCAAGGCACAAACAACACUUUAAGGAUGUUGGUGGUUAUGAUGAUGUGGAGAAAGCUAAAAAAAUCCACCAGAAGGACAAGAUGCUGCAACAUGGGAUAUAUAAAUUAAUUUCUCAUUUUUUGAAUCCAAAACACAUAGAAAGAUCAAAGAAAAAUAUUGCAAAUAGAGCAAAGUAUUUGUAUCCCAGUCUCCAGGGUUCAUCAUCUUAUGCUAAUCACAGAUAUAAAAGGAUGAAUCAAGAGACUAAAGAAUUGCCUGGCAUAAUCGACACUUAGCAUGACAUGCACCAUAGGACUAAUGGAGAAUGGGUUAAUGAUAUUGCUAGGGCUCAUUAUGUAAGUUAUUAUUUUAGGUUUUUCUUUAAUAUAUCAAUUGUAACUAUAUUAAUUAUUUCUCUAUUAAAAUGUAGGAAAAAUUAUGUGAAGAAAGAACAACUCAGACACAAAAUACUUUACCUCACUACAAGAAAAAGUGUUUUUGUCGGCGCAUUUCGUGACAUGCGCCGGUAAAAGUUGUCGAGACUACCAAAAUUGUGGAAUUCCAAAUUUAUUUUGGGUUUACUUUUGCCGGUACAUUUGUGUGCCGGUAAAACAUAGCAAUGCUGGCGUAGUCAAGUUAAAUGCGCCGGUACCAUUAGGCGCGAGAAUUUGCCGCCUUUGAUUUCA